AACGUCACUGGUCUCUGGUCGUGUUUAAGGCACUUCUCCGCGUUGCUAUCAACAGUGCUGGACCUGUGUGAGUAAGCUUGCAAGCCUCUAUCGCUUGUUCAGAAAUGGACCGAUCGAUCCACACAUCAGACGUAUCCGAGCAAUCGGGAGUAGCAGACGGCAACAAUACGGAACUGACACAAGGGGUAUGUCUAAGGUUGGUGUCCCGCAGCCAAUGGGGAGCCCUGGCACCUGUGAGUCAGGAGAGGCUAAAGGGCCCAGCCCAAAAAGCCAUCAUCCACCACACUGCCCUGUGGCCCUGCAGGAGCCACCAAGAUUGCCUGGCUCAGCUGAGGUACACACAGAAACUGCACAUGCAGGACAGAGACUUCCAUGACAUUGGAUAUAACUUCCUGGUUGGUGUAGAUGGCACAGUGUAUGAAGGGCGGGGCUGGGGCAUUGUUGGAGCUCAUGCAAAAGGUAACAACUACGACUCCCUGGGCAUCGCCUUCAUGGGAAAUUUCAAUGAUGAAACUCCCAGUCUGGCUGCCUUGUCCUCCACUAAACAGCUGCUCCAGCGUGGGGUGAACCUUGGGUACCUGCAACCUGCAUUUACACUACUGGGACAUCGAGACGUGGCCAAGACAGAGUGUCCUGGGAACACACUGUAUGAAGCAUUGUGGCUCUUAGCCCUACACUGAGUUCAACACGGACUCAACACAUGCGUGACUGAACACAGCGGCCAGUUCCAUCCCUGAGGACCUCUGGAGGGACUAAAAAUGAAGCUACUGUAACCUCUGGGAUUACAGACUUAAGUGACUUUUUAAAAGAGAAAUUUGCUACAAGAAACAUUUUUAAUGUAUUUUUGUGCAUAUGUUACAUAUGUGGAAUGUUUAUUUUGCAUGUGUACUUGAAAGCCUUGUGCAUAGGGAUUCACAAUAAUAUCAGGGUUGUGUCAAUAAUUAUGAGCUCCGAUUCUGGAUAAUAUCAAUAUACAUGAGCCGUUUGAUGCCCCUGCUGAUGCUAUAAAAUAAGUGCAAUUGUAAAAAAUGAAGUAAAUCAUAGUCAUUUUCACCUCUUAUUUAGAAUUUAUUUUUAAUUUCUUGUUUUUAUCAGACAAACUAACAAGUACAGUUAUACAGAGAGUCAGUGGCUCUCUAGACUCAUGCUCACUGAUUCAAAAAGUAAACCAGUUAAAAUAUUUUGUCAUACAAAAAUAUUUUGACAUCUGAGCCCGUAUACUUCUUCCACCAACGUGGAAACUCAGUUUGUAUCUAUGCUGUAAUGGUAAACAGAGAGGUUUUAGCAUUGGCAUCAAGAAAUGUGGCCAGUCAAAUAUUGGUUAAAGAUAACAUUUAUCUUCGACAUCAAUAUUUAUCAUACUGUACAUCCCUACUGAUGCUGUCUUAUUUGUUUCUAAAGGACUAUGAGAUUCACAGACAGAGAAAGAAAUCAAAGAUACUUUUUAAAUAUGCACAAUAAUUGUUACUUGUUUUGCCAUAUCAAAUAUAUAUACAUGUCCUGUAGACAGCCCUACA